AUGCGCGGAAACGGACAUUUUACAACACCAUCGGGUGGCACCUUGUAUAUCUCGGGAAGUGAAAAUAAAAGUGCAAAUGGAGUGGGAAUACUACUUCCAAGAGAUAUCGUCAAGCAUGUUCUAGGCUACAACCCCAUAUCUGACCGAAUCAUCACCAUCCGGCUUAAUGCUAAACCCAAUAUACUGAAUAUAGUCCAAGUGUACGCCCCCACCGAAAAAGCUAAAGAAGAAGACAUUGACUGUUUUUACGAGUCUUUAGAAGCUACUUUAAACACCAUAUCCAACCGUGAAAUCACAAUAAUCUUGGGUGACUGGAAUGCUAAGAUUGGCAAUACCUGUAAUGAUGAUCUCCCGUCGAUAGUGGGCAAUUUCGGACUUGGCGUCAGAAAUGAACGAGGUCAGAGAUUGCUUGACUACUGCAUUGAAAGGAAAUUCUGCAUAGCAAACACAUGCUUUCAGCACCAUCCUAGGCGUUUAUAUACGUGGACAUCACCCGGGGCUCGAUACCGCAACCAAAUUGAUUAUAUUUUAAUAAACAGCAGAUGGAAAUCCGCUAUCAGAAACGUCAAGACAUUUCCUGGAGCAGAGUGCGGUACUGACCAUAACCUGUUGGUCGCAAGAUUUACAUUACGACUCAAAGCCGCCAGCAGUAGAACCAUCAGAGGUCCACGUACACUGGAACCGAAAGAAAGGACAUACCUAUGCGAUGCUGUAGAGAAAAAACUAGCCCUAGAACCUCCUACAGGCGAUGCUAACACCCAAUGGCAAACCGUAAAAUCUCAUCUCUGCGAAUCCCUUGAAGAAAUCAAGGCUUCCCACAGAGAGGGAAAUGCAGGUCGCAAAACAAAAACGAAAGUAUGGAUUUCGGAGCAAACAUGGAAGCUUAUAAGCAAGAGGAAAUACAUCAAAGGGAAGGGAUUACAGGAUGAUGACGUCAGGAAGACUUAUUCUGACCUUUGCAAGGAAAUUAAAAAAGCGUGCCGCCGGGAUAAAAACUGUUUCAUUGCAGACAUUUGCAUUGAGAUCGAAAAACACUCGCAAAAAUACCAACCGUCUGAUUUGUUCAAGAAAGUUCGCCUUUUGUCUCGGAAAUUUAAACCAAGAUCCUGGAUAAUUGAAGAUCACAAUGGCAAGCCUAUCACUGAUUUAAAUGCCGUUGUCGAAAGGUGGCGUAAAUACUGUGAAGGACUAUAUGAUCAGCCUGAGUCAAUGAGUACACAGCUCCCAGUCUGGGACGAAAUAACCUUAGAACCUUCAAUAAUACGAUCAGAAGUAACAGAAGCCAUCUCUCGACUAAAGAGUAAUAAAGCUCCAGGACCGGAUCACAUCACGGCAGAAAUAAUCAAAUCACUGGGAGAGAGGGGUGUGAAUGCAGUGCAUAGUAUCUGCAAUUACGUAUGGCAACAUGGCGAGUGGCCCAAUGACUGGACUAAGUCGAUCAUCUUGCCGCUUCAUAAAAAAGGAUCAACUAGGAAGUGCGACAAUUACCGCACGCUGGCCCUUGUCUCCCAUUGCAGCAAAGUUCUACUGUACAUUCUCAACACCCGCUUGCGCUACUUCCUAGAUUGGCAAAUCCCCCAGGAGCAAGCCGGUUUCGUUAAGGGGAAGGGAACGCGUGAACAAAUCCUCAAUAUCAGGCAGCUUAUCGAGAGGUCGUAUGAGUUCGGCACUCCGAUGAUCAUGUGUUUUAUUGACUACAGUAAAGCCUUUGAUUGCGUCAAAUGGGAUCACCUGUGGAAAAUACUAGCAGAAUUGGGAGUACCGCAACAUCUGGUCCUACUGCUACAUAGCCUGUACAUUAAUAACCAGGGAAUCAUUAGAGUGGAGGAAACAAUCUCUGCCCCCUUUAAAUUUAGAAAGGGCGUAAGGCAAGGCUGCAUAUUAUCUCCAGUCCUUUUCAAUAUCUAUGGAGAGUAUAUCAUGAGACGGACUUGUGAAGGCUGGGAUGGUGGAGUUACCAUUGGUGGAGUAAAAUUGUCCAACCUCCGAUACGCCGACGACACCACUCUUCUCGCGGCUAAUGAAAGCGAGAUGACUGCUCUCAUGAGCAAGCUUGAAAAAAUUAGCCUCGAACUUGGUCUUGCCAUUAACCGAUCCAAAACAAAAGUGAUGGUAAUAGACCGCAUGAACAAACUGGAGCACACGGGGUCACUGCAUCUUGAAACAACAGAAAGAUUCAUAUACCUGGGCUCCAUGAUUGCGAAUACUGGAUCGUGCGAGCCUGAGAUUCGAAGACGUAUCGGUAUAGCAAAAACUGCCAUGUCUCAGCUUGAUAGCAUCUGGUCCGAUAGAAACAUCUCCAUAAAAACCAAGCUGCUAACUGAACUGCGGUCGGGACCCAACGCUAAAAUUAUGACUUUUGGAUCGUACGCCUGCGAGGAAGUUAGUAGCAGUUUUCACGUUCACGAAGGGAAAGUAAGGAUAGUUUCGAGAUACUGGGAGAUCUUCGGUAAUACUGCCGCCGAGAGGCUUCGGUACUGGAACAAGCAGAGGUUGCUGGAACCACUCGGACUGCUGUAA